AUGGUGGAGUCUGCACCGGUGACAGUCGUCAUCUCCUUGCUCUCGGGUACGAAGGUGGCCGAGUUUGUCGUGCCUCGCUCUGACACCGUCCUCGAUGUGAAAACGCGCCUCCGUGAUGUCGAGGGCACCCCCAUCCGCAAGCAGCAGCUCGUGCUGAACUGCGACAUCUUGCGGGACGAGAUGCGGAUCUCCGAAGCUACCGAAGCUGAUGCCUUGGAGUUUCGGCUGGUCCGCAAGGAGGGCUUCCAAUUCCACUGGCAAGUGCCGCAUCGAAAGGGCGCCAGCAUCAGCAGCCCCGAGUGGAGUCUCGAGACUGGCGAAGCCAUUUCCACGAAGGCGUGCACUCUGGGCCUUCGCUUCUACCCCAGUGGCUUCGAGAGUAAGAUGCACCGGGAGGGUAACUUCAGCGUCCAUGUGAAGAGGCCCAAGAGCAGCAUUCUCCUCGCCCGCGUUGACGUCGCUGGAAUCAAGCGCGAGCGCCUCUUCACCAGCGGCGGCGGCACAGAGGAAGGCUGGGUCAAUUUUGCACCUCACAGUCAUCUUCCGACAACGGACACCUUGGACAUCUGCCUGGAGGUGCUCCACUGCGCCGUGGUUUCGAAGCCGACUUCCGAGGGAAGCCACAUUACGUGGGACCUUCGCGAGACGCUGGGUCGAAUGCCGUAUGCCAUGGGUGUGCCCUUCACGGAGGAAGUGAGGGCCACCUCCGAUGAGGGCACCGAGAUCCAGCUGAUGGUCACGUUCUUCCCGGGCGGGCACACCUCAGCUCCAAGGGAUCAUGUCUCCCUCUGGGUGUCGCCACUGAGAGGCCUGGAGGAUCGCCGUUACGCCUGCAUUGUGGACGGCAGCCAGGAGCAGCGCGGUUCCGGCGAGUCCAUCUUGCACUUCCCGCGUGCGGAGGUCUUCGGAGAAAUUGGUAUUGUCAUUUGCCGAUCUCCGAGCCCGGAUGCCCCACGGCGAUUGCGGCGCUUCAGUGACCGGGAAUAUCCUGGGAGGGAGCCAGAAGCAGCGUAG